AUGUCGUCCAGUUCUUUAAGGAAAGUAGGCGGGCGUCCUAUUAGUAAGAUAUGGGAGUGGUUUGUAAAAGGUGAUCUAGUGCCUAAUUCUAAAGGAUAUUAUUCAGCGACGUGCUCAUUUUGUGAAUAUCAUUGGUCCACAGCUAAGGUGGCAAAACUUAAGAAACAUCUCGCAUAUGAAUGUACCAAAGUUGAUUCUGAUACCAAAAUCAGCAUUUUAAUGAUGCUAACUAAUAACUGUGAUGAUUCAGAAGAUAAUAGUUAUGAUACUUCUACAACGUCAACCACUAAAUCUAAGAAACGAAAAUCAAAUGAUAGAUCACAAACUCAUAUUGAUGACCAUUAUGAAAAUUUUCCUACUCUACUGGGUAAAGAAGAUCAAAUUAACAAAGCAUUGGCUAAAAUGUUUGUCCUAACAGAAACUCUUAUUAUUCAAGAAAUUUCUAGAAUUAACCUCAAAGUAAACAGAAUAAUUAAUGAAGAGAAUAAUAUGACCAUUGCUUUUGAUGGAUGGACCAACCCCACUGGACAAUCAAUAUAUAAUUAUUGUUUGAUUACUGAAGAUCGUAAAGAAUAUUUAUGGUGUUCAAAGGAUUAUUCUAAUGUUCCUCAUCACACUGGUGCAUUUCUUGGAGACGAAAUUAUUAAAAUUGUGAAUAAUAUUGGACCUGAAAGAUUGGCAGCUGUAGUUUCAGAUAAUGCACCAGAUGCGCGUAUUGCACGAAGAAUUCUUUAUACAAUUCGAAAAGUUGGCAUUGUUCACCAGUAUUUUACAAUGUCUCAUGCUCCAUGCCAAUUCCUUAAAGAUUCUGUCAAAAUUUUACAAAUUAAAGGAGGAGGAUUAAAAAGUCAUACAAAGACACGGUGGUCUACAAUGUGGGAUUGUGUUAGCUCUAUUGUAAGACUUGAACUUGCCUUUGCAAGGGUUCUUUCGGAACAUGAAAAUGAUAUUAAAAAUCGGGUGACUGUAGGAUGCCUAGAGUCAAGAACUUCAACGCUUGCAGACUGUUAUGUUCAUUUAUUGUCAUUAGCAAGUGCUAUUUAUCGAAUGUCAAACCAAAACAUUCAAUUUAAAAAUCAUUGUAUAAUUAAAUUUAACGAAAGAUUUCAUGAAUUUUCUGAUGAUCUUUUUCUAUUGGCUUUUUUUUUGCAUCCUCAUUAUCAUGGAAAUGGAAUAAAUCUGAAUCAAUUUCAUAAUAUCACUCUCAAAGCAGCUCAGAUUUGGAAGGAUAUGGGUCAUAAUCAAGACUCAUGUGCAAAGCUACUUACUCAACUGCGAAAAUAUAUGAAAAAGAAAACGCUAUUUAACCAAAAUUAUAAUUAUAAAUCAUAUACACCUACUAUUUGGUGGGAGACAGCUCAAAAUUCAAAGAAGAAUGGGAGUUACAAGCUUUGGCACUUCAACUUUUGCUCUGCAAAUCGGGUAGAAGGCAUGUGCAAAUUGCAUACUUAUUACAUUACAAAUGCCAAACGUGAAUUACCUUACUAUGCUAUUGAUACUUCAGAAAAUUCUAUGCGCGAAAAAAUGAUUAAUACUAUUGUUGAAAUUAGCAAUGAGUUGGAAGUCAAUGAUUUUGAUUUUUUAUAUAAUGAAAAUAUAAUUGAUAUGGUUAUUGAUAUGUCACAAUCAUAUGAUCUAGAUGUUACUUUAAAUAUAGAUAUUGAAUCUCAGAUUUUUAAUAUGGAACGAAGAGAACCUGAGAAUGAGGUAACAGUUGAUCAAAAUAGACAAACUGUUGUAUUGGCUCCAGAACGUAAAGAUUUUGAUAUUGAGGCAUUAAUAGCCAAAGAAAUUGAUGAUAAUGAAAACUGA